UUACAGAAUAUCUUCAUGGAACAUGAUCUUAAUAUCCUAAUGAUUUUUGGCAUGAAAGUAAAAUGUAUAAUUUUGAGCCAUACAAUGUAUUGUGCUACAAAUAUAGCUGCUGCUUAUGACUGCUUCUGUGCUGCAGGGUCAUGUUUUGACAGAGAGAUGUGCUGCUGUAAUCACUGCUAAAGGUGAACAUACCAAAUAUUAAAGUUCAAAGUGUAUAAAAACAGUACGACUCACUUCAUCUGAUAUUUGUUGUGUUCCGAGCAAGCAACCAUCUGCAUGUUUCAUGAACGUUAUUAAAAUCAUGUUUUGGAAGCAAAAAAAAAGGUGAAUAUUUUCAGAUCUGUCAGGUGUUCUAAUAAUAACUUUUUUAGAUAAAGAUGUUCUUACUUUUGAUUGAGUGAGAGACAGAUCUGUUAAUGAUAUUAUUCUACCUGUCACACAAAUGUGUGACGCAGCUAAAUGUUUUUAAUUAAAAAUAAUGAAAGCUGCUCUGCUCGGAAGCCCGUGUUUAUUGUCAAACAUCAAGUCCGUGAUGAAGAUGCGAGGCCAAACUCCAUGGAGAAAUUAAGCCUGAGCUCCAGCUCGUCACGAGAUGAAGGACACCAAAGCUCUAAGGCAUCAAUUACACCGGUCCCCACCUUCUCCAGCUUCUCAUUAAUUAAGAGAGAAGCAGUGACAUCACACUUCGAUCCGCUGGAGCACAAACGUCUCCAGAUCUGCUUCAGAACGCAUCGAUGGAGGGCGCUUACCUGGAGCUUCAGGCUCUGAGGAUCUUCAUCUCCGUCCUCGGCGGCGUAGGAAACACGAUCCUGAUCGUCUCCAUCCUUCAAACGCCUCGCCUCAAGUCCUUCGAGAUCUUUCUCCUCGGGCUCUCCGUGGCUAAUCUGGAGGAGAUCGUGAUCGUGGACAUCUACGACAUCUUGCUCUUGCGCUCGUCUCGCAGGAUAAGCGUCUGGAGCUGCAGAGGCCUGAAGUUCCUCACCAUCUUCGGGGAGAUCUCCAGCAUCCUCUUCACGGUCCUCAUCAGCAUCUACCGCUAUCAGAAGCUGCGAGACGUCCAGACGCGGGUCAACCUUCCCGUCUUCAUGGACGGCCUGCGCUCGGCCGUGGUUCCGGUGUUCUGCGGCGCGGUGGCUCUUCUCUUCAGCUUGCCCACGCUCCUCAUUAACCUGGACUGGAGUCACCCGAACUCCUCGUCUCUGGGCUGUCCGGUCGAUUUCUUCCAGUGCUCGUUAACCAGAUGCCCGAUUCUCAACCGCGUUUACAAGUACUCCUUCAUUCUGGUGUGCAACCUUCUCCCGCUGCUGAUCGUCACGCUAACGAGCACCAUGAUCGUCAGGAUUUUAGUCGUCCAGCAGAAAAGGGUCAGGGCCCAGCAGGCCCCGAGCACUGUGACGACCCAGCAGCGGCCCCGGAGAUCAUCUUUCCAGCGCAGCACGCUGUCCAUCCUGAUGGCCAUGACGCUGUUCCAGCUCAACUGGACCGUCUAUCUGAUCCUUCACCUGGCCUUUGACCAGGACUCCUUCCCUCUGUGGUCAGAGACGGAGUUCUUCAUCACCACCUUUUACACCGCGGUCAGCCCGUACAUCUAUGGAUUCGGCAACAACCUGUUCAACAUCAAGCGCUUCAUUAGUACAGCUUCUAAUUAGAUUACUAGUUUCAGAAGUUGUGAUUUUUUGGAGAACUGUGACCUUUGAAUGCAAAACAGUAAGAUAAAAGUAUCCUUUACUUUUAGGUUAGUAUAAAAUAUCCAAAUUAAAGUUCUCUAACAUUUAGAUAAUAUUAUUUUGGUUAUUUUAGUAUGGUUGAGAUACUAUUAUCGUUUUCGUUAAUAUUUUGAAUUUAUUUUUCAUUACUGUUAGUUUUAGUAAUUUUGUUGUGUUUUGUCUAGUGCUGUGAAACGAUUAAUCGCAUCCAAAAUAAAAGGUUUUGUUUGCAUAAUAUA